AUGUCUCGGUACCUGCUCCCCUGUGGCGUGGGCUUUGCUCUUGGAGCAGCAAUGGAGUUUGUGUUUAUCAAGGCCAAUCUAUACGAACCCAUCAUCAAGAAAAAGGCUGAAGAGCGGGCAGAGGUCCUCGAUCGCUACAAGGAGCUACAUUUGCCAGCCAAGGUGAUCAAGGACAUGGAGCCGCGUGCUAGCGCCCGCUACGUAGCCGGUGCGGGUGCGACCAACGAGGGCGUGACUGCGCCUGGCAUUUUCGGACUAUUUGCAGCAAAGUUUGAGCGGCCGUCAGGAGCACGACGGAGCGCCAGUUCGUCGGCUCGGAAGCUAGGCAAGGACGGAAGACGACGGGUGAUGUCCAAGAUCGGGAAGAAGAAGCCGCUGCCGUCGCUUGGAUCGUACGAUACCUCGGUGGAGCCGCUCCUGCCGCCGCCGGCGUCGCCGGCUGUCGCCGAAGAGCUGCGAUUCGACGACGUCAAGUUGGCGUACGGCAAGCAGAGUACGUGGCAUUUGCUCCGAGCGCUCGCCGUUUUUACGCUCUGCUCCUCAGAGACCAUUGUCGCAAAGUCGGAGGAUCUGCUCGCCCUCUCCAACAAGAUCUUUGGCAAGUCCCUGACCGAAGCCGUCAUGCGCUCGACGUUCUUUGCCCACUUUUGCGCCGGCGAGACCGGCGCCGACAUCCAGCCGGUCGUCAUGCGGCUGAAGAAGGCGGGCGUCGGCUCCAUUCUUGACUACGCCGCCGAGAACGAGCUGGAGGAUCUGGAAGAGGUAGCCGCCGAGGAGGACAUCGACGUGGUGGUCCGUCGCGAGGCCCGUCGCGGCGUCGUCUCGGCGCGGACAUACGACUACGCCGGUGAGGCCGAGUGCGACGCCAAUGCCGACAUGUUUCUGCAGGCCAUCGAGGACGCUGCCGCCGGCGAGGGCCUCGUUGCCGUCAAGUUGACGGCGCUGGGCAAGCCCGUCCUCCUCGAGCGCAUGAGCUCGCUGCUCAUCGCCAUCCGCGACCUCUGGCACGACCGUUUUGCUCUGCCCUCGGGCGAGCCCGACGGCUCGGUCUCGCCAGACUCGUUCCAGCUCUCGCUCCGUGACGUCGGUGUCCAGCUCUCGGAGAGCCAGGCCGCAGAGCUCUUUGACGAGAUCGACUUUUCCAAGGACGACAAGCUCGACUACAUCGAGUGGACCUACGCCCUGCGCCUCAACGACCUGACCACCCGUUCCGCAGCCUACCUGACGGCCAAGGACCAGUUUGCCAAGUCGGGCGUCCUCCCGCUGCUCGACGAACGCGAGACGGCCCUCAUGGACAACAUGGUCCGCCGGCUCGAGACCGUGGCCAAGGCCGCCGCCGCCGCCCGCGUCCGCCUCAUGAUCGACGCCGAGCAGACGUACCUGCAGCCGGCCAUCGACCACUUUACCCUCGAGCUCCAGCGCCGCCACAACAUCGACUUUCCCUCCAUCUUCAACACAUACCAAUGCUACCUCAAGAAGACUCAACGCAAGGUGACCAACGACCUCGAGCGCUCACAGCGGGAGGGCUUCUGGUUCGCCGGCAAAAUGGUUCGCGGCGCGUACAUGGUCCAGGAGCGUGCCCGCGCUGAAGAGCUCGGCAUCGAGGAUCCCAUCUUGCCCAACAUCGACGCCACACAUGCCAACUACGACGCCUGCGUCGAGCUCAUCCUCGACAACAUGGAUCACUCGAAUGUCAUGGUCGCCUCUCACAACGAAGCCUCGGUGGCCGCCACUGUGGCUGGCAUGGCCGAGCGCAACAUUGCCAAGGACUCUGGCGUCUACUUUGGCCAGCUCCUGGGCAUGGCCGACUACAUCACCUUUACCCUCGGCUCCAAGGGCUACCGUGCCUUCAAGUACGUUCCCUAUGGGCCCAUCGACGAGGUCAUGCCCUACCUCAUCCGCCGCGCCCAGGAGAACUCGGGCAUGAUGUCCAACGUCGCCCAUGAGAGGGCCAUGCUCUGGGCCGCCCUCAAGCAGCGUUUCUCGCUCUCCUCCUAGACGAACAAGCUGCGGGCGCAUUGCAUUGAGCUCAUGAAGCCAUCUCGAGUACAUGCUGGU